UUCAGUCAAAACAUGUAAACCACAGUACGGUCAACAGUGCAAAUCUCCCAGAUGGGUUUAAAUACACCUGAUUACGGUGGUCGCAGGAUGGACGCGGAGCUGGGUGCUGAAAGCGCCCGCAGAAAGAUGGAGGCGCCGGGCGAGGCGCUGGAGAUAAUGCCGCUGGAGAUGUACGAUUCAGCCCGAGCGAAAAUAGCAGCGAGUCUGCGAUGGCUGUUCGCCAAAGCCUUUGGUAUCGAUUACAUCCCAGAUGACCUGCGAGACCCUUUCUACACAGACCAGUAUGACCAGGAGCACAUUAAACCCCCAGUGAUCCGGUUACUUCUGUCCUGUGAGCUGUACUGUCGCGUGUGUGCCCUCAUUCUUAAAGGAGACCAGGUGGCCUCUCUGCAGUCUCACCAGUCAGUCAUCCAGGCCUUGUCUCGCAAAGGCAUCUACGUCAUGGAGGGUGAUGACACGCCUGUCUCAGACUCUGAUCUGACAUGCCAGCCAAUCAAAAUGAGUUCCCACAUCCCGAUGAUCAAUGCUUUGAUGAUGGCCUACACUGUGGAGAUGAUCAGCAUUGAGAAGGUUGUGACCUGCGUGAAGCGUUUCUCCACAUUCAGUGCCUCCAAGGAGCUCCCCUUUGACCUUGAGGAUGCAAUGGUCUUCUGGGUCAAUAAGGUGAAUCUAAAAAUGAGGGAGUUCACAGAGAAGGAACACAAAUCAAAGCAGCAUCUUCUAGAAUCUCCCAGUCACCAGAAGUCUCCCUCAAAAUGGUAUUGGAAACUAGUACCUGUACGGUAUCGACGGGAUUAUGCCUCAGGUAGACAGCUGCCAUAUUUCCCCCUGCUGGAGGACCUGAUCAGGGACGUGUGUGACGGUGCUGCACUGCUGACCGUGGUCCAUUACUACUGCCCAGACCUGAUGAAGCUUGAUGAUAUCUGCUUAAAAGAGGUGACAUCAAUAGCAGACAGCCUUUAUAAUAUCCAGCUGCUAAAAGAGUUUGCCAAUGAGUACCUUAACAAAAGCUUCUAUUUGACUUUGGAGGAUAUGUUAUAUGCACCUCCUGUGCUCAAGCUCAAUGUCAUGGUGUUUAUAGCAGAGCUCUUUUGGUGGUUUGAGAUAGUCAAACCGGAAUUUGUCCAGCCAAGGGAUGUUCAGGAAUUUAAAGAUGCACAAGCAAUGACUCAGCCCAAGAGUGCCAGGCUGACUGUGCCCAUCUCUAAUGCCACAAAACGGAGCUUCCUGGUGUCUCCUGGUGUGUCUGAUCCAGCAAUUUCUGUCCAGAACAGCCCGGAAGUUUGUAACAGGUACUUCCUGCACCCUGAAGAAUCUGAGCCUCUUAAUAAGGGGAGUUCCAGUUUUAGCCCGUCUCAUCCACUCCUGCCUCUGAGGCAAAGACAGAAGAAGGUUCAGUCAGGAGAGGAAAGCACAGCCUGUAGAAAUCGCUCCAAUUCUUUGACACAAGAAGGCCACUCGAGAGGAUCUGUGGCUUGGUCAGAUAAAAGGCAGAGGCCACUGUCUCAGCUGAAUCGGUAUGUUCUCACGGAGCGUGAUGCAGACUUGGCCUUUGGUGACAGCGUUAGUCUGACCUGCUCUGUUAGUGAGGAUAGCCUGGCCUCCACUGUCACACCCAAACACCAGAGCCAUCCAAAUCAGUGCACUGCUAGAUGGGUCAAUGGCCAUGGUCUGCUGGGCAACGUUAAUAUGGAUGAGGAGGAUGAGCUGGUAACCAUUGCCAGGGCAGAUUCAUCUAAGAAUGACAUCACCCUGUCAAACUCUGAGGACGCACAGUGCCGAAGUGCUACCCCUGGUGCUAAAACAGGCACUUUGGGAAGGAAAGAGGAAGCAUCCUCCGAAUCCCGAACAGACAGUUACUACCUGGAACCUCUAAUGCCUGCAGUUCUCAGACCAGCUAAAGAGAAGUCCAGAUGCCUGAAUAAGGAAGAAGAGUCUGGAGAGGGACCGCAGAAAGGGUCAGCACGGAGAGCUGCGGGAGGAGAUAGCCUCAAUUCAUUUUCCAGAAGGAGACCCCCACACACCCUUAACCGGACCUUUACUCCCAACACCAGUUGUGAGUUUGAGUUAACUAUUGAGCCCAAAUCUAGUGAAUUUGUGCCUCCAGCCCUUGCGCAGACACAAGCUUUCAGACCAUUGGCGACGAGUAGUGUUGAGCCGUCUUCCGCUGAGCGGUCACCUGGAUUUUACCUUCAUUCAUCUGUACCUGAGGAAAAGAGGCCAGUCCAAGCUUGGGAUUUACAGCCAGGAUCUGACAUUGAGACGGUGGAGACCAUUGAAGAACAGGAUGCAGAGCUUACUAAAGAGCUCCAUCCAAACAAGAAACUAUUCUAUGAGGAGGAUGAAGAGUCUUUCAAACUACGAGAGGACAUUAAUGUAAAAGAACAUGAGGAAAAGGAUGGUGUAAGCAGGUGUUCGAGCCCAGGUCAGCAGUCCCAGGUCAGUAGUGUUACCAGUGGUAGCAUACGUAUGACCAGUUUUGCAGAGCGAAAGAUGCAAAAGUUUGGUAGCAACCAAGACAUCCGAUCCAGCACCAGCAGUUCACAGCGGACAACACCAGAUGGCUCGGAGAGUUGCCCCUUUUCUUUUACUUCCUGGAGAAUUAAGCGAGAUCAGAGUCCCAAUCAACAGAACAAGGAGAGUGUCAACAUGUUGGCCUCUGAACUUGUCCAACUCCAUAUGCAGCUUGAAGAAAAGCGACGUACAAUUGAAAGCCAAAAGAAAAAGAUGGAGAUCUUGACAGCCAGACAAAGGCUUAAGCUUGGGAAAGCUGCCUUUCUGCAAAUAGUGAAGAAAGGGAAGAGUGACACUCUCCCUCUGCCUACAAAAUCUGAGUACUACUUGAAAGAUGGCCAAAAACUCAAUCAAGAGAAAGUUAAGUCAUCAAAAGAAGACUCCUGUGUCAAUGCUUUGAGAGAUGGGGCAAAAGAGUUUAAAGAGCCAGAGAAGACUUCUAUUGAUUGGGCAAGUGGGGGCACUAUGUCCCCGAGUCCCUUAGAUAUGGACGAGGAGAUGGAUCUAAAUGAGUGCAAUCGCUCCAUUGAGUUGCUGAACGAGGCCAUAGGUAGCAUUCAGCAGCAGAUGAUGCAACUUUCGCUCCAGCAGGAACUGCUUAUGAAGCAGAAUCUCCAGUCUCCAACAGGCGCUGCUCCACCACCAAGUAGUGACCAAAGUAAUCCCUCUGAACCCAUGGUCAGAGCUUCAAUACAUUACAUUGAGCCAAGUGGCAGCCCUAUGGUGCGAAAGCCACCCAAACUGAGUUCAGCACGGUCCCGUUCCAAACCUUCUGAGCUAUUAUUAGUUAAGGAACAAGGCAAAGUGCAGAAGAGCUCCACUCCUACACCUACUGAUGGCCAGGCCUGGCCUAAUCAAGGGGGCAGAACUCCUAAAGCAGAGCCUGAGGACUUUGUGCAAAACUCUGUAAGUUUGGACGCACUCUACAAGGACAAAGGGAAUCAGAAAAUCACAUCAUUCCACCUUAAUGAUGAAGCUAAUUUGAGGACUGUGUCAAGGGAACCAAGUUCAGCAGCCCUGGGUGUCACUUUUGAUGAAUCUAUGUCUUAUACCUUACGGGACCCUGAAACUACAUUUGAAGAUGGCCCAGGGAAAGAUAACGUCUCCUCAGAAGAUAUUUCCGGAGGACUGGUCAAUCUUGUUGAAGUAGACCUGUCUGACUUGGCUGCUAACCCAGAUGAUGAAAGUUUCAAUGUAUUGGAUGUCACCAGUGAUGGAGCUGAUGGGGAAAAGAAAUCUGGCAUGGGCUUCUUUUUCAAGGAUGAGCAAAAAGCUGAGGAUGAAUUGGCCAAAAAGCGAGCAGCAUUUCUGCUGAAACAACAAAAGAAGGCAGAGGAGGCUCGGCUCCGCAAACAGCAUCUGGAGGCUGAAAGUGAGCAGAAGAGAGAUGAGACCAGACGGAAAGCUGAAGAGGAAAGAAUGAGAAAAGAAGAGGAGAAAGCCAGGAGAGAGUUGAUAAAGCAGGAAUAUCUUAGACGGAAACAGCAGGAGAUGUUUGAGGAGCAAGAACAGCCCAGGCCUAAAAUCACCAAGCCCAAAAAGCUACGGCCAAAGUCUGUGUUGAAGGAGGAGCCCUCAAUUGACACACUUCCCAAGUGCCCCGCUGCCAAUGAGAACCUCAUCAGUGCCCAGUCUGGCUCGAGUCUGUCACUGGCCUCUGUAGCCACCACUGAUCCAGACAGUGUCAACUCAGGAGCGGGAUCUCAACGAGGGGAUUCAGUAGAUUCAUUUCCAGGCCUCAGUCGCAAUUCCAGUCGGACUACAGAGAGAGACUGGGACAACGGUUCCACUGCAUCUUCUAUUACAUCAAUAUCAAUGGCUGAAUAUACGGGACCUAAGCUUUUCAAGGAGCCAAGUGCAAAAUCCAACAAGCCGAUAAUCCACAACGCCAUCGCUCAUUGCUGCUUGGCAGGGAAAGUAAAUGAACCACAGAAGAACUCCAUUCUUGAGGAGCUGGAGAAGUGUGAAUCCAACCACUUGAUGAUUUUGUUCCGUGACAGCGGCUGCAUGUUCAGAGCCCUUUACUCCUACUUCCCUGACACGGAGGAGAUCCACAAGCUCACCGGUACAGGGCCCAAGAGCAUCACUAAGAAGAUGAUCGACAAACUCUAUAAGUACAGCUCGGACCGCAAGCAGUUCACUGCAAUCCCUGCCAAGACUGUGUCUGUCAGUGUAGACGCGCUGACUAUCCAUAACAACCUGUGGCAAGCCAAAAGACCCCCAGUGCCAAAGAAGAGUGGAAAGUGAAGUCAGGUGGCACUUGUGAGUUCUGAGUACAGUGAUUACAAAAAUCCUUGCAAUGAGACCUACUUCCAUCAGACUGGUGAUCGAAGAGACCAUCUGUACAAGCAGAAAAUUCAGUUGAAUGUGUUUUGGGUUGAAGUAGUCCUUUACCCACAAUCUGUGGUAUUUUUACUUGAUUCAUUUUUGUUUACUUGAAGUAUUUAUUGGUUAGGCACUGAUUUAGCCGAAGAGCUUCCCCUGAUUGUUUUAUUUGUUUUUUUUUAGUGAGGGAUACACAUUUUCUUCCUCUUACUGUCUUAAAAAAUGUCUGCUGCCUCCUGAGGACUGCCAGAACUCAAAAAAAUAUAGCUGACUUGCCUCCAAACUUUCUUUUUGUUUUCGCCUCCAAAACAUGCUGUUCUGAACUGUCUUUGUUGUCACUGGGACAAUCCUUAGUAUGCGUGCUUUUGGCCUUCAUGCGUACAUCUAUUUAUUCAGUGCUUUAAAAAAAGCAAAUCAGCUGUUGCCCAGUUUUUGAAACAUCGGUGAUCUUUAAUAGGUAAUCAAACAUACCUUGAUUCAUGUCAUAUGCAGUUCUCUUCUGUUCUGCUGUUAACAGUAGUGACCUCUGGACAGUCUGUACUAUGGUGCACUUGCAAUCGUGUUUUAGUGCUUUUUAUAAUCAUGCAUUGUAUCCAUGUUGGUGAUGGCACUGGAGCUUUCUCUCAUGCAGAACAGCAGCAUGCUCUGUUAUGAAGAGUGUCGCUGUAAAUUAUUUGAAUGACAGUAUUUAAUACAUUCAUAAUCGGUUACUUCCUUUGCAGUGGCUGUCUAAUUAUUUACCAAGGUUGAAAACAUUCCUUAAGUGAAAGAAGUGUCAACACUGCCAACAUUCUUGUUUCUACAUGCUCCAUAACACUCACAGAUGCCUCGUGUUUGAUGUCAAGAUCAAUUCAGCGUUGCACAUGCACUUUAUUAUUUUGCUCAUUAAAGUGUUUAGCCUGGGGGUAGAAAUUUUUAAGGGCUUUACUAAUCCAUUUAGCUCCUAAUUUUGUUGAAGGUUCAUUGUUAAAAGGGUGAAGGUACUCUGUUACACUGAGAAAAAUCUUUUAGCAAGCACUAUUAACACUGAAUAGAGCAAACUAACAGUCCCUAAAUAGCUCUUAAACUACUGUUUCCAAAUAAUAGAUUUUUAGUCUAUAAGUUGCUGCAUUUUGUUUAAUUUUAAGUGGUAGUUUUGUAUAUGAUGUGUGUUUUUAUAUUAACUAAAUGAUUGUAUUGCUGUUGGUCACUUUUUCUUUUUUUUUUUUUAAAACACUACUACAUAUUCUUGGUCAUUUUUGCUUAUUUUACCAUACCGUUAUUUAUUUUUAAUAAGAUUGAGAAUUAAUAAAUCUUUCAAGUCAAUAAAUUAAUUCUCAUUUUUCUGUUUCAUUUGUUUCUCAUCUCUUUUCCACUAAGUUUUAUAACGUACCACUUUUUAUGCGAGCUUUGGAAGGGUCAUUCUGAAAUUGCAUUGCCAUUUAUUUUUAAAUGCCAAACUCGUACAUUCAACCUACAGUUGCUAUAUCUUCUACUCCAAAAAAUGAUCACACAAAUGUAUUUGCUGGUAUGCGGUUUUGUCAAUGGUGUUCCACCUAAAAAAAUUGAAUAAGAAGCAGUAACACCACUGGCAAACAUUAUGAUUCAUUUGUGUUUUUGUUUUUUAUGAUGGAUAUUUUUCACAAAAAAUAUGACCUUUUAUUAACUGAAAUGUUUGGUCAGUGCUGAUCCCUUCAUCACGCAUUACCUUUAGCCUAAUGAAGACCUGAAGUGUUUUCCUUUGAAGUAUUUGUUGUUUAUAUUUUGCGGUAACACCACUGACAUUAAU